CCCACAUCCGAAAAAAGUUGGCGAUGCACUUUCACUUUUCGUUAUCGACAAUUCUUUUCUAAAAGCUUCAACAAUGCCAUGAAAAGGACAACGUCAUAGCCAAUGGCAUUCACAACAUCCCGAUCCGUUGCGAGAGUAGCUCGCCAAGCUACGCGAAGUUGCAGAACCCAAUCUGCGACGCCUUUACUUCGUCCUACUGCCUCCUUCUCGACAUCAACUACCCACCAAUCCGAACAAGCUGAGACUCGACCACGAUGGGCAUAUACACCAGAACGGAUGAAGGCUCCUUUUUCGCCUCAUAUCACAAAGGAUCCCUCUCGGUCGGCAUGGGAAGUCAACGAAGACCCGAAUAAACUAGACGAGGUCCUGAAUAAUAUUCUGGGCCGCGAUGGAGAUCGCAUGCUGCCCGAUGAAUUGAAAUGGUUGGCUGUGACGCAUAAGAGCUUCGACCAGGGAAGGAGAGGUUUCAAUGACCGUCUAGGAUAUCUAGGCCGCCAAAUAUGCGCCCACGAAGCGACACAAAUGAUUAUUACCUCUCCACGAGAUUAUAAAGACCCCGAGAACGACCCAUUCGCAGAUAGGCGGACACCAUACGAGGAUGCCGCUCUCCGUAGUAUUGAUAACCUUUCGGAGAAACAACCAAGCGAUAUGUUCAGCCCAGACAAACUAGCCAACUUCGCUUUAGAGACCGGUUUAUCGGGAGUGGUACGGUGGAAGCCACGAAUGCCGGAAAAUAUUAAGGGCUCUGGGUUUAACCCAAUUAUGGCUGGUGCCGUCUACGCUCUAGUCGGUGCUGUUGCACUACAGCAUGGUGGUAAAGUCUCAAGUCGAAUCGUCCGAGAAAGGAUAUUGAAGAGACUUCGACAAUGACGAAAUCGAGAAAUGUAAUACCGAUGUACAAAUACCCUGUACACUGUACAAAGACACGGGAUACCAGUCUAGUCGAUAAGCCGGACGAUAGCCGAAAGAGAAAAAAAAAAAAUCAAAGUCUCCAACGCAUAUUGGGUCGAAUCUUUUCAAGGCCACUUAUUUGCACGUACAUCCCAAGUGACUAGUGUUAUAAGAAUUAACAGGUCUGGUUCCGACGA